AAGCCGUCAGGUGGGGCAGAGGCUCAGUCCCGCCUUCCCACAGGGCAGAGCGCCGCUGGUGGGCGCCCACAGUGCUCCCGGGAAGCGGCGGACCAGCGGCGGCCAAGCGUUCCCGAGGAAACGAUGGGCAAAGCGGAGAUCGCGAUGACACCCCUCCAGCAGUGGGGAGAAGAAGCUGAAGAGGGAGCCAUCUACAACAUCACCCUUGAGCGAGUGAAGGCAGAGCCUGCAGCUAGCGGAGCAUCUUCCUUGCAGGAGCAUCCAAGCACACCAGAAUGUCCUUUUGUCCAGUACCGUACGUGCAAGAGGCGGACACUGCGGGCUGCCACACUCCCCCGGCUAGUGAAGUGGUUGCUGACAGCCAACAAGGAGGGUGACCUUGACUACACACCUAGCUUCCUGGCCACCUAUCAGGCCUUUGCUACCCCCAUGCAGGUGCUGGAGUUGCUGCUGCCUCUGGGACCAGACAAGGCAGUACUCCUUGUAUUGGAGCACUGGCUACAGCAUCACCCUGUGGGUUUCUGGGAACCCCCAGAGUACCCCAGUCUGCACAAAAUCUUGCAUUUCCUCCAUGAAUCUGCUCCUGACUCCCCAGCGUGUGCUUUGGCGAAGGGGCUGCUACAAGCCCACAAAGAAAAGGAGGCAGAUGGAGGCAAAUCCCCAGGGAUGGGACUGUCACAGGUGAUUGCAGAGGCAGCUGGGGCAGAUGACUGUGAGGAGAUACCGGUGCUGCUGUCCUUCUCUGUGGAUGAAGUGGCUGAACAGCUGACAUUGAUGGAUGCUCACCUCUUUAGAGCAGUGCUCCCCUUCCACUGCCUUGGCUGCAUCUGGUCCCAGCGAGACAAGAAGGAGAAUCAACACAUGGCUCCCAGUGUCCGUGCUACAGUGGCCCAGUUCAACACAGUCACCAGCUGUGUCAUCACAUCUGUGCUUGGGGAUCUGGCCAUGCGCAUUCCCCAGCGUGCACACCUGCUGGAGAAAUGGAUCCAAAUUGCUGGACGAUGCCGGGCCUUGAGGAAUUUCUCCUCGCUGUACGCCAUCCUCUCUGCUCUCCAGUCCAACCCUAUUUACCGACUAAAGCGCACCUGGGCUGCAGUCAGCAGAGACACCAGGAGCUCCUUUCGAAAGCUCUCGCAGAUCUUCUCCGAAGACCACAAUCACUUGAACUGCCGAGAAAUCCUGCUGCAGGAAGGAGAUACUCAGGGUCCUUGUGAUGGAUGGAGAAAUCAUCAAACACCAAUCAGGACUUCUCUGAAGACUCCUACCAUCCCAUACCUUGGCACCUUUUUAACUGACCUGAUCAUGCUGGAUACAGCACUGCCAGAUUUUGUGGAGGGCCACCUCAUUAACUUUGAGAAGAGGCGCAAGGAGGCAGCAAUCCUCUUCUGCAUCUGUCAUCUGCAAGAGUCUUGUCAGGGAUACAGUCUUUGCCUGAAUCCAACCUUCCACUUGGCCUUCCACCACCACCACCAGCUUUCAGAGGACCAGAGCCACCGCAUUUCUCGUAUGAUAGAGCCACCAGCUGACUCCUGUCCCAACUCGCCAAAGCUGCAUCGCAGCCUGACCAAGCGCUUCAGCUCGCUUCUCUUGGGCUCAGAACCAUCUGCAACUCCUUCUGGGCCCGAACAGGCUGGAACUGUGCAACUGGGUUCCUCCAGUAGCCUUAACUCUGAGGAUGGGUCCAGUGCCCCUUGCUCCCCAUCAUGGGGAUCCCCUGGAAUCAAGAAUCCACCUGGGGCUCAGUUGAAAACCUGCCCUCUGCAUGAGCUGCCUGUGCCACCUUCCAUCUCUAAACAAAGAGAGACAGAAUCUCGCAUUGUCCGGGUCUAUAUGAACAACAUCUGUGGCAACGGAAACCUUUAUCGCAGCAUUGUGAUCACUAGCCAGGAUAAGACCACAGCUGUAAUACAGCGGGCCUUGCAGAAGCACAAACUGGAAGAGGACUCACCGUGCAACUACCAACUUCUGCAGCUUCUCGGGGGUGGUCAAGAGCUGCUAAUUCCUGACAGUGCUAAUGUUUUCUAUGCCAUGAAUCCUGCUGGACCCCAUGACUUCCUCCUGCUCCAGAAAAAGGGAAUCACCAGCCAACCACACUUGAGGACACAGCCUGGGAGCAAAGCCACUCUUCACCACAUCCCCUCUCUCAAGGAUUUUGGCACCAGUGCUCUUGCUACCAGUUCAUGCUUCAUAUUUUCACAUAGUGCACCAACUAGCCCAGUUUCACUUUGCCCAUCACUUCCUGCUGAGGACCCACACUUUAGAUCACGUAUUUCAACACACCCAUUUCCAGCUCCUUCCUCCUGGUUCCUGGAAAAUCAGCCAGCAGUAGACCCCCCUGACUCUCCCACUCCCUGUCUGUCUCUUCCUCAACACCCACUUCCCUUGGAAACCAUGAGCCCAGUUCCCCCUCAUGUUGUGCAGAAAUUGCAGGCACUUCCUCCUGUGCCACAGUCAGUUCCCUACUCUUCCCAGAGGACAUCAUUUUGGUCAGAGUCCCCAUUCACCUAUCCUCUAGAAACCCAGAGUGACCAAGAGCCCUUGAACAGCAUAGGAACAGAUCUUGAAAGCCAGAGAUAGCUUGUCUGAUUACAAUGCUUCUGUAACACUGAAUACACGCAAGUGGCCAGGGAACUGAGGAAUCAAUGAGAACUGUGAUUGAUCAUUUGUGGGAUCCUAUUGCUUUGCCCACCCAGAUUCCUCCUAGGAGACCCAGAAUCAUAGUGCCCAAAGGUCAUCAAUUCUAAAAAGCACUUUAUGCCAUCUGGGACUACAAGUAGCGAUUUGAGAAGCCCCAAAAUGACAGUGCCUGGUUGCUUCAAAGAAGUGAGCUAAUCUUUUGUUAUAAGGGAGGGCAAUGUUCACACAUUCAUGGCUUCCAAAAGUCAAUAGUGUAGUCAAGGACAGACCUGUGUAGAUGGAUGCUCUGUGAUAGCUGCUAGCUAUGCUGUGUCAAAGCAUAAAUUUCUUUUCACAGGAUACUGUAAUACUUCCCAAUUUUGUUGCUUGCGUAACUACCAUGCGGAGUCCACACAAUCUAUCCCUGUUAUGUG